GAAGACGAAGAAAGAGACGCAGACGUUAUGACGUGCGCUUUUCCCUCCUUUCUGGCGAGCUUGAGUAAAAAAGAUGGCGAACGGGUAUUUUACCGUGUGGCUGUUGCAUACUUCAUCUUACUAACAAGAAACAAAUGCAGUUGAUUUAAUAUUUGUUUGUCAGAUGUGGAUGAAUCGGUUUACUGUUUAUGCAGUAAGUCUCUGCGUUUCAGACGAGUUUGCGGACAAGCAUUUCUGGCGCUGAACGGGGAUAAGUGAUAGUGGUAAGCAAAAGGACCAGUACAGCAUCACCCAAGACAUUCUGAUUAAGGACAUCUGUAAACUGCUGUCAUCUUCAAAGAUGUCUGAUGUUUUGACAAGGGGUUUCAGGGCCCAGCUGACCAUAGCCAUGGACUCAGUCCUGAGGAAAUCGGUUCUUGAAAUAAUGACAAUCUUUGAGAACAGCCUACAUGACCAUCAAAUGGAGCUAGCGCAGAAAAGAGAAGAGGUUGUUCAACUUAGAAUAAAGUUGCAGACUGCAGAAAUCAGACUGAGAGAGCAGGAGUGUGGAGGUGACAAAGGAGUGGAGAUGAAUAAAACUCAGAUGACUGAAACACAAAGAGGGCCUGAAGAUUUUCUGAUCACCUCUGAACAAACAUCUAAUGUUCCUGCUAAUGUUCCUGAGAUUGAUUUUGAAGUACCUGAUGAUUGGUGUGCUCCCCUGGGCUGUGAGACCCUGACCAAGCAAGAUGAUGUUGUUUGUCCCAGUGUAAGACUGCGCCCGCUGUACAUUCCUCUGUGUCACGUUCCAGCCAUCAAGCAGGAGGUGGUUAGCUGUGACAUUGACUCCCACCAGCAAAAAAACACUGUCAGGAGUUCCAGCUGUGGUUCCUUAGUAAACACGCACAAAGACACUCAGGACAGAAGCAUACCAAUGAAGAGCCAACGAACUAAACGUACACGAUUGAGAAAUGACAUGAAAUACCCGCUCCAAGAAAAAAACAAAAAUGUAGGUGGUACAGGUCUUAGAAGAAGCGAGAGAAAUUUGGCAGAAAAAGAGGAAAGAGAGAUUGCAGAAACCAAGUCUACAGAACAGGGGAAGGUGGAAGAUGAAAGCAAAAAAACAUACCCCUGCAGGUUUUGCAAAAAGGUAUUUGAUACAUCAUUUGGCCGAAGCGUGCAUGUACGAUCACAUAAGAGGUGCAAAGGUUGCAAAAAAGUUUUCAGUUUUCCAAGUGUUCUUAAGUAUCAUAAACCACAUUGUGAAAUGCUCAAGAAGUUACUGGAAAAAGAAGCACUGCAUGCGAGCCCACCAAAACCUGAGCCAUGUGAUGAAGAAAAACCAACAACACCAAGCAAAAAACAGGUGAUCGCUGAGGAGGAAAGCCCUCCUGCUUCUGGGAGCCACGGUGAAUCAUCGACCCAGAAUGAUGCACUCACUAAUGUGUAUGCCUGUCCAUACUGCAACAAGAACUGUCCUUCACGCUUCAAUCUCAGCGAGCACAUGCGUGUACAUACUGGUGAAAAGCCCUUUCGAUGCGGCAUGUGCCCAGCGAGGUUCCGCGUCAAUCAGUCACUCAAACAGCACAUAAGCAAAUGGCACACAGACAAGGUGAAUCCCGGUGAGACAAACAAAGACCUUGCAUGGACCAAGCCUUUAGAGGACAUUGACGAUAAUCGAGAAGAUUUGAUUUCUCCCAAUGACAAUACAGAUUGUGCAGUCGACCAUAAAACUGUUCAGACGGCACACAGUCCAGGCAUUAAGCCAAGUCAAAGAUGGAAAACAAUGGGUGUACAAGGUUCUAAUGGUUUCAUCUGCAUAGUGUGUCAUAAGGUCGUAGCAACCAAAUACCAGUUGAUUGAUCACUUCUACAUCCACACAGGAGAGAAACCCCACAAAUGUGAUAAGUGUCUUACAAAGUUUCGUACUAGUGCACAGCUGUGCCAGCACAGAAAAACCUGCCAUUCUUCCUCACUGGUGAUGCAAUGUGAGAAGUGCCAGAAGAAAUUCCGAACACCAAGAAGUUAUGAUAAGCAUGUGUUUUUCUGUCAAAAGAAGUGGCCUAAUGUCUGCAAAGUCUGUGGAAAAGGCUUCUUUCUUAGGGGACGUCUCUGGAACCACAUGGAGCGUUUCCACAAGAAUGAAUUUGGGAAAGGAUGUAUCCUCUCCUCCAGACCCGGUAGAAGGACUCGGUCACAGUCUUGGUGGGCUGAAAGAGGAGGUCACAGGCCAGGAUGGAACACUGGUAAAACAUGAGCGAGCUGCAUCCCGACCUACCCUGGCAUCUUUGUAGUCCAAGGCACAGACUGAAGCCUGGCUGCUGGGGACCAGCGGCAGAUUGAUGCCUUGUCUGUCACACAAGCCAAGGCCAAAUCAUCUCUUUGGGAUCAUGAUAGUCGCAAUGCAGAACACAGACCUGCCCACGAUCAAGCCUCCACCCCUUUUCUCUCCAUUUCCCAGAGUG